AUGGACAAUGACGACAGACCACGCCGUAAACGGGCCCGACAGGCAUGCACAGUCUGCAAUGCGAGACGCGUGAAAUGCAACGUUAUCGAGCGACAGCCAUGCGACAAUUGUAUUGCUGCGAACGUUCGUUGCGAGACGCGCGAGUCUCGCCGCGGAAAGCAUAUUCGUCGAUCGCGAGCGUCUGAGACCGCUGAACACGAACAUCGACAUAGAUUGUUAUCAGCGUCAUCCGAUCCGCGCGAUGACACUCUAUCACCAACCUCACUUCGAAGGGAUGACGACGAGGUGGCGGCCUCGCAUGUCUUAGCUUCGUUAUCGACCAAUUUCAAUGGACACAAGCCGCCCCCUCCUUCAUCAGAGCAGGAAUCGGCGCCUUCCAUCACAGCGAACAAUGAACAAGAGGACGACGGCGCAGUCUACUUGGGCGAGUCGAGUUCGCUCAGAUAUGUGCCCGCCGAAGCCACUCCUGCACAACCAUCAUCAAAGCGACCGAGGCUACGUCAUUCUAUCCCCAAUGCCGCAAAGGCACAAGCGUUGAUGCCGCAGUGGGAGGCCGAUCGCCGAAGAGCUCGCAUCAAAGCCCUACGUGAUGAAGGGGCCUUCUCAUUCCCACCAGCAUCGGUCCAGGAAGACCUACUCAAAUCCUACUUCUGCUGGUUCCAUCCUCACUUCGCGAUCGUCGACGAGGAUGAGAUCUGGAGAGGAUUCGCCAGCGGAUCGUUGUCUCCUCUGCUACUGCAAGCUAUGCUGUUCAUUGGAGUCAUACACUGCGAGCCGAGAACAGUGGAACAACUUGGCUGGGGAAAUCGCCACCGAGCGAAGUACAUCUUCUACAGCAAAGCCAAAGACAUCUACGACGCGGAUUUCGAGACGAGGAAAUUGACCAUUAUCCAAAGCCUAUUCCUGCUCAGCUUCUGGAGAGCGCGUGCCCUGGAAGAAAAGGACGUUCGAUUCUGGCUAGGCGCCGUCAUCAAUCUCGCCCACACCAAAGCCCUUCAUCGGUCAUCAGGCACAUUCGACGCCUCAGUCGUUGGACUACGACGACGCAUCUGGUGGUCCAUCUACAUCCGCGAACGACAAGCCGCCGCCGCCCUCGGCCUACCGAGCCGCAUCCGCGAAGACGACUGCGACGUCGGGUUCCUCUCCCACCACGACUUCCAAACCGCAUUCGGGCCCUCCGUCCCCGCCGCCUCGCGCGAGCGCCACGCAACCUACGCCAUCGAAAUGAUGCAACUCGCGCGGACGCUCGGCCAAAUCGUCGACGCAGGGUACCUCCCGAACCGGCACCUCAGCACCAGCGACCGCACCAACAUCCGCGACUGGCUCUACAACUGGAAACAGCACCUCCCACCCAGCAUCCAAAUCACCGACGGGGUCCCCACGAACAACCAAGCCUCGAUGCUCCACCUCGCCUACAACAACCUCCUCAUCCUCCUCCACCGCUCCGCCUUCAUAUCCCAGCCCUCCGAGUUCCCUGACGCAGACGGCUCCAUCGCCCUGCAAGCCGCAGCCCGCAACUCCCGCAUCAUCGAAGACAUGCUCGCGGACGGCACGAUGGGACACGCACAGGUGCACGUCAUUACGAACCUGUUCAACACGCUCUGCAUCCACGUCGCGCACCUCCGCCAGUCCAACGGCAUCAACCGCACCAUCGCGGAGCACCGCGCGAAGCUGUGUCUGCUGGGGCUCCAGGAGAUGCAGAAGACGUGGGAAUUGACGAAUUGGAUUCUGCAGUUGUUCUUUCAGUACCUCGAUCGCUCGACGGCGAAGAGGUUGGCGGUGGAGGCGGACGACGGGGCGAGCGUCGGUGGUGGGGGGAAUGCUGCGGUGUCGGUGUCUGAGCCCCCGGGCCUGGCUGCUGGGCCUGGGACGCCGGGAGACGUGGAAGCGGGGCUGCAGCGUGAUGGGAAGGAGGAGGUUGGUGGGAAUGGCGAGUUGGAUGCGGUUAUGACGCCGUGGUCGUGGACGACGGAUGAAGCGAACCAGUAUCUGUUCUCGCAGAUCGAGAAUGAGUUCUCGUUUGGCGCAGGCGGGAUGCUGGAGUGGAAUACGGCGGAGAUGCUCGCGGACGAUGGGAAUCUUUUGGAUGAGUUUGGUCGUGGUGGGUUGCCGACGUCGAAUUGAUCGGGCAUGGCAUCACAUCACAACAAGUCAAACCAAACCUCAUCCCAUCGAAAAUCCCAGUAUGGAUUAAAGUUCAUUCAUAUCUACAUCUACCCCCAAACCACCCCCCUCAUCCCCACCCCCCCAAAAGAAUCC